UCCUGGAAAGAGAAAUUGUUUAAGUCAAUAUCAGGUCUUUGCACUCCUUAGUAUAUAGACUGGGUUCUCAAGAUUCAAGGGAUUGCCAACCAGUUUGCUAUUGCCUAGAGAUCUCCUACUAUUUUGCUAGCUAGUCGCUCAUGGUUUGGUGGAAAAGAUCAUCAAGAGAGGCUGCCAGAAGAGAGAGAUCAUUCGUGGUGAAUGGAGGAUUGUUGCAGGAGAAACUAAUUGCUUUGAAUGAUGGUAGAUAUAAUCCCUUCCGCACCUUCUCUAUUGAAGAGCUUAGGACAGCAACAAACAACUAUGAUCAGAGUCGCAUGUUUAGAAGUGGUCGCCUUGGUAAUUGGUACGAAGGUUACAUUGAAGGUCGAGUCGUUUCUAUUUGCAAAGCUUUUGAUGGAUGGAGAGAUUUAACUUCGAUGAUUUAUGAGGUUGUGAAUGAUGUUUCUGUAGCAGCACAUAUGGGUGCUCAUAAAAAUGUUUUGAAGUUAAUAGGUUGUUGCUUGGAGAGCCCAGUUCCAAUUUCAGUGUACGAAUAUGUGAAGAAUGCAAUUCUAUUAGAACUGAUAAGAAUUUCUAGUGAAACUGGACAUCUUCACGUGACGUGGAAAAGCAGGUUAAAGAUUGCCAGGGAUGCUUAUGCAGUUGCAUAUCUUCACACUGCAUUUUCUAGAACUAUCGUACAUGCAAAUGUACAUUCCUCUAAUAUUUCCUUGGAUGAGGAUAAUAAUGCAAAAUUGUUCAAUUUUUCAUCUUCGAUUUCCAUCCAUGAGAGUGAAACACUAGAGACGCCUAUUAGGUGGACUUGCGGCUAUAUGAGCCCUGAAUUUUUCACGCCCAGUGAGGUAACGGAGAAAAUCGAUGUAUACAGCUUUGGUGCACUUCUUCUCGAGUUUCUAACAGAGAUCCUCAGGCGGAUUCUGGCUGAGGGACGAGGGAAUAAUGAGCAACAACAAUGGCAAGCUCUGCUGGAGCUAGCUCUUAAAUGCCUAGAAACAAAUAAAGAGCAAAGACCAACAAUGGUAGAAGUCACAAAACAACUUACAAAGAUUGAAAGGGCCUCAACAACAGUCAGAGAAAAAGAGGUGCCAGGAAGAAUGCUCAUGGAGGAGUUUAUUGCAUCCUGCGAUCCUCAUUCCAUAGUUUCUCUCUCUAGUUUCUCUGCUGAAGAGAUUCGAAAUGCAGUAGAUGACUAUAAUCCUAGUCACAUUUUCAGCUGCAAUGACCUUGGAAUAUGGUACAAAGGUCAUAUGGGAAACCUAAUUAUCUCUGUAUAUAAAGUUUGUAAUAUGAAUUGGCUUGACCACGUAAAGAAUGAAUUUAGAAUUUCUAUUCAGUUGAGUUCUCACAAGAAUGUGUUGAAGCUGUUAGGAUACUGCCUGGAGACUCCGGUUCCAACUCUAAUGUAUGAAUCUGCAGGUGCAACACUCCUCGACCUCAUUCCUUGGUAUUCUCCCACACCUUUGAGGAUAAAGUUAAAAAUUGCAAGGAAAAUAGCUAAGGAAGUUGCUUAUUUGCACACUGCACUCCCUCUACCAUUGAUCCAUAGGAACAUAACAUCUGCAAAUAUUUUCUUGGACGAGCGUCAAGUUCCAAAACUUUGCAAUUUCUCUCAAUCCAUAUCAAUCCAUGAAGGUGAAACACUCACAGUUGAUCCUGUUGAUGGUACUAACAGAUAUAUGCCUCCAGAGUAUGUAAAAGAAGGUGUAAUAACAGAGAAAGUUGACGUAUACAGCUUUGGCGUGCUUUUAUUUGAUAUUUUAUUAAGAUCGGCUGGCAAUGGGAUUCAAUUGUUUGAAAAUAAAGAUGAGUAUGGAUGUUUCCUGGACCACCAUGUAAUGAGAGACAUAGCAGAGAGGCACGAAGAAGAAUCUGAUGAGCAGAAAGUGGAAGCCGUGGUAAAGCUAGCUUUUAAAUGCAUGGAGACUGAGAAGGAUGAAAGACCAGUGAUGAGAGAAAUUGCAAGAGAACUCAAGCAGAUAGAGGUUUGUUCCUCAACCACCCUCUGAUUUGAUCAGAUCCGUGUUUUU